UGUUUAUGGAGAAGAGAGAAGUGAUUUUCCAGAGGGUCCUGUGUGGACGGUCUCACCUGACUGUGUGUUCAAGUCUUCAGUGAGAGGAUGUGUCUCUGGUUCAGACUUCUCCUCUAAGGGUGUGGAGGUGAAGUGUUCAGAGUCGGUGCGGUUGGUCUCGGGGUCCGGUCUGUGUUCAGGAUCAGUGCAGAUCUGGGACGGGUCCUGGACCGGGGUCUGUGACGGGGACUUGGACCAGCGGGGGGCAGAGGUGCUGUGCAGGGAGCUGGACUGUGGGGCUCCUUCUCUCCUCCAGGGGGCGCUCUCUCUCCUCUGGGGCAGACGUUCCACUGUGAGGGACAUGAGUCUGCUCUGAUGGACUGUCCCCGCUCCAACUCAAGCACCUGCUCCUCUGGAGCCACUGUCAACCUCACCUGCUCAGAGCCGCUCAGGUUGGUGGGAGGAGCCAGUCGUUGUGCUGGAACUGUGGAGGUGAAACACAGAGGAGAGUGGAGACGAGUGGAUGAGCACUAUGGAUUCUGGUACCAGGAGGCCACAGUUGGUGUGUGCAGAGACCUGGACUGUGGCUCUGCUGUUUAUGGACAAAAGAGAGGUGGUUUUCCAGAGGGUCCUGUGUGGAUGGUCUCACCUGACUGUGUGAAGGAGUCUUCAGUGAGAGGAUGUGUCUAUAGUUCCUCCUCCUCUUCCUCGGGUGUGGAGGUGAAGUGUUCAGAGCUCCUGAAUCGUCCAAUCAUCUCCGUGUCUGUGAGUGACGGGGCGUCCGAGCUCCAGCCUCAGGGGGUGCGGGUGCAGCUGGGCUCAAAGUUCAGGGUCAAAUGCUCCGUGGAGCCACAGUACCCGGGAGGCUCCUUCCGGCUCCUCUCUCCCGCCGCGCCCCCCGCUCAGAACCGCACCCUGCCCGCCGUCAAUCACUCCGCCCACUUCCUGUUCUCUGACGCUGACCACGCCCACAAAGGAAACUACACCUGUGUUUACCUCCUGCAGGUGUUCAACCACAACUUCUCCUCUCAGAGCCACACACUCCAGCUCUCUGUGGGAGAGUCAGACUCAGACCUGAUCAUCAGAGUCGUGGUGAUUCUUCUGUUGAAGCUCCUGUACAUCCUCCCAAUGUCCUACUACUACUGCAAGGUCCGGGCCAGAGGCGGCGCUAGAGAGAGGCUCCAGCUGAGAGUGAGACUGGUUCAGAUGUGAGUUGGUCCAGUUUCAGACUGGAUCAUUAACAUCUUUAGCUUCAGUAACAUUUCAUCUUCCCAAAACAAAAGGGGGAAAUAGUCAAACCAAAUCAGAACCACUUUCAGAACCAAGGAGAAGGAGAUUUUCCAACCAUGAAGAGUUGAAGGAGUGAAAUUGUCUCGUGUGGCUGUAAAAUCAAAUAUCCUGCUUUCAAUUCAAGAGUUUCUCCUCUGAAAAGGAACGUACUGGAACUUUGAUUUGUUUCCCGUUCUACUACAAAUAUGAAUCCCCUCAUUUCAUUGGAUUUGUUUACACUUUGUAUUUUUUCUGUGUAACUGUUGAAGGCCCUGCCCCCACUCCUGUCGCCCCCACCUCCAUUGGCUGAAGAAAGGUGAAGGUUUUGGUGCCAGCUUUAUUCACAGAUUUUUUCUUAUUCAUUUGAUAUUAUUAAGAGUGUUUUAUUUUGUCAAAUAGCAGCUUUUAGAGCAUUAGUCAAUCAUAUAAUGGAGUAAAAUGAUUCUUAGAGCAUUUAGUGGCAUCUUUAUGAUUUAUAUUAAUACGAUUUAUCUGAUUUUGCUUUUGUAACUUUGUGUAUGCAACAAUGGACUGUGAUACUAUAGAGGCUUUGCACCGUCACGUGACGCCUACAGCAACGGUACCUACGCCGCCAUGACACCGGACACACUAUGUCACUGACUUCAGCAGCGUCAGAGAAACAUGGGCAGGUUUUGUUGUGUAUUUGGUUGUUCUAGACCAGGGGUGGGCAAACUUUUUGGUUUGUGGGUCAUGAAGGUUCUAAAACGUGAUGGAAGGGCCGGACCAGGAGCAGAUGGAUGGAGUUUUUUGGUAAUCCACCUCAUAAGAGAAAAACAUAACAUGGGCUUUGUAGAAAACAUAUAUCAUGUUAUUAAAAUAUCCCAUAAUUGAACAUUAUUACAAAGCAUUACAACUAAAUAUCUGUCUUUCAAGUCCCACGGUGUUUACUGUUUAU